AUAUAAUGGAGACAACAAUUGAAGUUUUACGAGUCGAGCAAAGUGCGAUAUCGAAAGAGUUGUCAAGGUUUAGGGCUUGUGAUACUGAAACGCGUAGUCUUUUCUGUCGUGAAUGGGCUCAAUAUAUCUACAAGAAACACUUUGUCUGGAAUGCAAAGACACAAGAAGAAUUUGUGCCUGAGGACAGAAUAUCGUCUACUACAACUUUGACAGCAGGAAAAUAUCAGAUCAACUUUCUUGCUACAGUAACUCAACAUCACCACCAUUGUGAUUGUGUUUCUGAAAACGAACACGAUCAUGGACAUCAAGACAAUGUCUUUAAGAAGGAGCGUUCUUCUUUACUUGGUAAAAAGUUUGAAGAAUUGGCCGCUUCUUGGACUUCAGCCGAUGCCAAUAAUGCCGAAAGUUUAUUACAGCAAAUCAUGACAGGCUGUCAAGUUUGGAUGACUUUGCCUAGUGGAUAUACUGGGUUACCCGACGCAUUCGAACCUGCCGAAUUCAACCCUUAUCCUGAUGCCAUUCCUUUGGUUGACGAUUCUAAAGAUCCUUCGCAGUUAUUGGACCCUCUCAUUAUUGAACGACAAGCACUUUGUUUGCCUUCCGAUUGCUUCCACUUGUUGAAAAACUUGACAGGCGAUAUUUUGUUGUCGCACACUACUCCUACUUGUCAACACUCAAAGCCUACAGCAAAGACCCCUGCUGAUCUUGAGAUUGAUCGUACUAUUGUCAACGAACAUGGAUCAAAGGCUGUAACUCAAGCGUUAAAGGAAUUAAAUAUCGCCCUCGAUAAUUCCUGGUAUCCCUUGAAUCGCUUUUUGCAGAAUUUAGGUGAUCUUGAAAAGAAGCGUGCUCAUUUGAUGGGUAAAGGAUGUCAAGCAAAUAUUGAUGCUUACUUUGCCGGUCAAAAUUACAUCUCUUUUGUCGAUGCCUGGAGUGCUGUACAAGCCCAAUACAAGAACAAAAAAUCAACAGAAGAGGAAAUCAAGAAAGUCGAUACCAUGUUCGAACAGCAUUUGGAUAAACUCAAGUCAAAUGUAAAGGAUUUCAUCUCAAUUUUUGUACCUGAUGUUUUGGAAGAAAUCCAUACAUUGACAAACGAUCUUUGGAAGAUGGUGGUACCAACAAUUUACGAGUUAGGCGAACGUAUGGCGGACCGUGAAGCUAGUAAAGGAUCUGAGAAUGCUGUCAAGAUCGACGAAUCACUUAAAUCUUUAGAUGUGGAUUAUUUGAAAAAAAUGGAGUCUACAAAGGAAGUGGAUUCUGCUAAAAAGAGAAUUACAGCUUCUUUAAAUGCAAAGGUAGAUGAAUACAUGGUUGAAAUCGAUGGAUUAUUCAAGCUUUAUAAAGAUACAGCUCGUCCCAACUUGAGCGGUCGUCUGGAAAAGUUGAAUAAUAAGGAUUUUAAGAAAAAAAUUAAGAAGGUCGAAAGCAUGUAUUAUUCUAUUCGCCAAACCUUCCGUUAUGAGGUAACAGAAAAGAUCUUCCCUGAAUCGCUCUUUUGUAAAUUCGCUUUGGUUUGUUUAGAACCCCUUUUACAAGAAGGUGAGAUGGUAGAGGCUCUCACAAUUGAAACGGAGGUUAAGCGUUUUGCUGUGGCAUACAAGGAUUUAUGGCAACAAAGAGAUGACUUAUUACUCAAGUUCGAACAAGGUGUUCAAACAGGUCGUCGUGAAUUGGCUGGUGUACUAGGUAAGUUAUUCUUGAAGGAGGGCAUGAGAAUUCAAGGCGAUAAUUUGGCAUUGAAGCGUCAAAAUUCUUUGCUCAAGUCAAUGGGUAUGGAAGUUACCGAAGAACCAAAGAAGAAGUCCAAGAACAAGAAGAAGUCUUCUAGUGGUGCUUCAACCCCUGACCAACAGCAAGAGCCUUUGCCUAGUGUCUCGUCCCCUGCAAAAAAAUCGCCUUUAAAGAAAGUAGCUCCUGUCACACCUCCAUCUGAACCUAUCAAGAAGGCCCCAGAAGUCGUUGCUAAGAAGGCUUCUCCCGAAAAGCCUACUGUCUCAGUGAAAUCCCUUCCUGUUUCACCUGGGCCAUCUAAAACAGCUUCUCCCGUCCAGCCUGUCACCCCAAAAACUGCUUCUGUGAAGUCUCUUCCAGCAUCUCCUGCACCACCUAAAAAAACUCUUCCUAUCUCUGUUGAGCAGAAGAAACCCGUGGUAGAAGAGAAGAAGUCAACUGUCGCAGAGAAGAGGCCAGUUGAAGAAAAGAAGUCAACUGUUGCAGAGGAUAAGCCAGUCGAAGAAAAGAAGACUGUCGUUACAGCAGCAGCACCUAAGAAACCUGUUGUGUCUGAAGUCAAGAAGCCAGUUGUGCCUGAAGUCAAAAAGGCUGUCGUUCCUGAGUACAAGAAGUUUGAUAACAAAAAACCUUUAGCUUCUGAUUUCCCUACUAAGGUAAAGAGUAGUAAGAUUCCUGCACCUGCACCUAUCAUUGAGCCCAAAGUUGAACCCAAGGUCGAAUACAAAUCUUCUGAAAAGAAGAAGAAGACCAGCGCUACUCCCAAAAAGAAGGAAGUAUCUGCCGAAAAGGAUGUUACAGUUGAAAAGAAGGAAGUUCCAGUAGAAAAGAAGGAAGUUCCAGUAGAGAAGGAGGAAGUUCUAGUAGAGAAGAAGGAAGCUCCAGUAGAGAAGAAGGAGAUCCCAGUAGAGAAGAAACAGGUUGUUGUGGAGAAGCAGGUUGUGGCGGAGAUGGACGAUCUUUUGGACUUCAAUGAAAUUCGUGCGUCAGUGAUGGAAACCAACAGUGAAGCUGUCUCUCAAAAUGGCUGGAACAGUAAACCUGCUACCCAAGAAUUAGAAGUUCAAGAUUGGAAUGAUUUAAGAGCUCAAGUUCAACUGGAAGAAACCCAAAAGAAAGCUGAGGAACCUGCCCCUUCUGCUUGGACUCAGCCUGCUGCUAUUGAGACUGGAUGGUCUACUAUUGCCGCCAAAAAGCCUACUGUGGAAACCAAUUGGUCUAAUACUUCUGCCGCUACUUCAUCAGAGACCGCCCCCACGAAAGAUACCGAAUUAGGUAGUUGGGGAACUCCCAAGAAAUCUAUUGUUUCUCCUGCCCUCUCUACUGUCUCCAGUGCUUGGUCUACCACUGCUACUGUCGGUAAUGACUUCUCGAAUGUCUCAAGUGGUUGGUCUGCUGGACAUGAUGGUGGUAGCUGGAAUGCCUCGCCUGCUGUAUCUGCUCCUCCUGGUUUAAGUGCUCCUCCUACUGCUACACAAAAACCUCUCAGUGCUCCUCCUGGAUGGGGUCCUUUAUCUGAUACUGUAAAGCCUUCUCCUCCACCUGGUUUGAGUGCCAUACCCGAUGCUCCUGUAUCACAAAAGCCUAAUCCUCCUCCUGGUUGGGGCCCAUCUACCGAAGCUCCUACUACCGAAAAGAAGAUUUCAGCCCCUCCUGGUUGGGGUCCUCCAUCAGCAACCGAACAGCCUGUUGUUGCAGCUUCUUCUGGUUGGGGCGCUUCACCUGUAGAUGAAAAGAAGCCUACUGUCUCUGCUCCUCCUGGCUGGGGUAACUCACGUGCUGAAGAAAAGAAGCCUGCUGUAUCAGCUCCUCCUGGUUGGGGUGUUUCGUCUGUAGAAGAAAAGAAAUCUGCUGCCACAUCCCCUACUGGUUGGGGUAACUCUAGUGCUGCUGUUGCUACCGAAGAAAAGAAGCCUGAUGUCGCUGCACCUCCUGGUUGGGGACCUUUAUCCGAGACUCCAGCUAUUAAAAAGGCUGCUGAAGCGAGUACUGGUCGCUGGGCCGCUCUCACGAGUAACAUUGAUACCGAAAAGCCUAGUGUUUCUAGAUCCUCUGGUUGGUCUUCUGAUGCCACUUCGAAGCCCAGUCCUGAUGUUGUACUUGGUGGAUGGGGUAAACCCACCUUAUCUUCUACUUGGGCUGAGAAAAAAACCAAGACAAGUACUCCUGCACCAAAGACACCCGCACCCAAGACGCCUCAAACUAACUGGAACGCUGAGGAAUCAUCUGGUGAUGGAUGGAAUAGCAAUAAUACACCAUGGAACAAUGAAGAAGAGCCGGCUGCAGCUGCAGUAGUUGCACCACCUCGUGUCAACACGCAAACUCCUGCUACACUCAUUCCAGUCUCUGUUACUCCUGUUUCUAGUAAGCCACCUGGAUUAUCAACACCUUUGACAUCAACUCCUGUUUUAUCCGUUCCCGAGGUUGUCACUUCUAUUUCAUCUUUUGUGUUACCCGGUACUCAACCACAGUUGCAAGAUCCACUUCCUAACAACCUUGAUGAUAUGGCACCUGAAAUGCUUGCACUUGUAUGUAAGAAUUUGCAUCGUGAAAAUGGCUCUUUGCUUCAGUCCGUUUACUCUAUGCAACAAGAAAUGACGAUGAUGACCACGAGAUAUACCGAAAUAAUGUCUUUGGCUCGUGAAAGAGAGACACAAAACUUAAAGUUGUUCGAAAGUAGAAAACAGACCGAACUUGAAGAUAUUAGAAGAUAUGUAUUGUCUUUGGAGGCGCGCUUGAAACAAAUGGAAGAGAAGAGUGAUCGUGUGACCGCUGGAUUUGGAAACCAAGAUUUGUUUGCCGGAUACAGAGAAGAAAUGAGAACCACUUCUCCUCCCAAUACCAGCCAUAAUCAACAUCAUGGAUCCAGAAGCAAUUAUAACGGUAACAAUAGAAAAUUAUGGCCAAAGCAUGCCGUUGUUCGCUGCGGUAACUGUGGUGACACUGGACACGAGAGUGCUGAAUGCAAGACCAACUGCCGUUAUUGUGGAAGCUCUGAGCAUUUAUCUGAAAGCUGUCCCAUGAAUUAGCGUUAUCUUAUCAAUAAUUUGUAUAAUAAAAAUAAUUUGAAACUUUUAUAAA